UUAUGAUCACUUUGAUGGUCACCUCUUUGACAGCAAUACUGUUUCAGUGACUCAAUGAGUGACUCAAUGUGUGCACAACACGUGUGGACUGUGGAGACCUCUACUCAUGUUUGGCACCACUUCUGGCAUUCAAUUCAAACGACACUCACUUCACAAUUGGCGCUCAUUUCACACACUAUCACACCAUUCACUCACGAGUCACACCAUUCCUGUGAUCAUGUCUUUAAUCAGACUCCAGACCACUGACGGAGACAUCCAUGAGUGGGCAAAAGAGAAGGCUAUGAUGUCCAACACUCUUAAGGACAUGAUUGAAGCGAUUCCCGAGGAGACGGACAAAGCCAUUCCUCUGCAGCAGAUAUCGUCGGCGACUCUGAAGAAAGUGGAGGAAUGGGUUGAGUAUCACUGCAACGACCAGAAGGACUCGGAUUCAGACAGCGAUGACGACGAGACGUGCGCUAAAUGUGUGGAUGAGAUGACCGCUUGGGAUACGAAGUACUUCGAUAUGGAAAGGGAGGCCUUCUUCGCGCUCUUGGAAGCGGCCAAUUAUCUGCACAUUGAAGGUAUG